UCUCCCGCGCUGUUGGUAAAUGGCUUUGGUGGCGGGAAAGUUGAGUUUCCCGUACGUUCAGUCUUCGUGGCGAUGUGUAGUGACUUCUGUAGGGCUGAGUCUGGGACCGAGCUUCUUGCCCGACUUGAAGGUAGAAGUUCCUUAAAAGAAAUGGAACCAAUUCUGUUUGCUGAUGAAGAUUCUCCAGUGCAAGGUGACAUUCUCGAAUUUCAUGGUCCAGAAGGAACAGGAAAAACAGAAAUGCUUUAUCAUGUAACAGCACGAUGUAUACUUCCAAAAUCAGAAGGUGGCCUGGAAGUAGAAGUCUUAUUUAUUGAUACAGAUUACCACUUUGACAUGCUUCGGCUUGUUACAAUUCUUGAGCAUAGACUAUCCCACAGCUCUGAAGAAACAAUAAAACACUGCCUUGGAAGAUUGUUUUUGGUAUACUGCAGCAGCAGCACCCAGUUACUCCUCACGCUCUAUUCACUGGAAACAAUGUUUUGUAGUCACCCCUGUCUCUGCCUUUUGAUUUUGGAUUCCCUGUCAGCAUUUUACUGGAUAGACCGAGUCAAUGGAGGAGAAAGUGUUAACUUACAGGAGUCUACUCUGAAGAAAUGUGCUCAGCUCCUAGAGAAACUUGUCAAUGAGUAUCGCCUGGUUCUUUUUGCAACAACUCAAAGUAUAAUGCAAAAAGCAUCAGUCUCGCCAGAAGGACCUUCUGCCUUUAAACAUCCCUUUGACACAGAUGUGGACUACAGACCCUAUCUCUGUAAGGCGUGGCAACAAGUGGUAAGGCACAGAAUAUUCUUCUCCAAACAAGAUGACUCUAAAAGCACCAACCAGUUCUCAUUAGUUUCACGUCAUUUAAAAAGUAACAGUUUAAGAAAACACUUUUUUAUUAUCAGAGAAAGUGGGGUUGAGUUUUGUUGAUACAUAUCAUGAAAUAGUCUUUUACAAGCUAUAAUACAAGUUUUAAAAGGUCUUU